UUCAUGAUUAUUUCUUGCAGUUGUGGGUCUUGUGGAUACCCUUUGAACUUGACAUCUUCCAAUCGAAUCACCUCUGGCAUAGGCUCCGAAUAUCACAAAUCCAUAAAGAAAGUUUUUAUCUCCUUUCUAUCUGUUGAUCUUAGUAGAUUCACACAGGUCGAUGAGGUACAUUGCUUUCCUGUCUGUCGGGGCCGUAAUUGUUCAAAAACUAAACUCCUUUGUCGUAAAUGUGGGGUUCAUAUGGGCUAUGGAUAUGGAGAUGUGCCUGCUUUUUGUGGUUUUGACUCUCCCAACUCAUCCAGUGCUGCUUAUAAAAAGUUUGCUAUAAAGAUCCGAGCUCUACAGCCCUCAGAAGAGUGUUAACAAGGUUGACAUGGGAGAGCCUUUAAUGGACGGUGUUACUUCCAUCAUUCUCCUACCUGAUGAUUGCCUCUCUUUUAUUUUCAAUUAUCUUGACUGAAGUGCUGACCGUGAAUCAUUUGGCCUGA